GCUGCUGAGCCUUUGCCAAAUCAGGCCUUACAGCUACACCCACAUAACCUUGCAACACUUAGUGAACCAGACUGACAGCUGAGACAUGGAGGCACUCACUGAGAACUUUCAAUGAACGCCUGGCAGGACCAACAGGCUGGACCACAACCUGGCUUGGAGACAGCACUACUUCAGAAGCGGAGACUAAAAAGGAUUUUUUUCUUCAAAAAGCCUCUACUGACCUUCACAGAGCCCAUUGUGCAAGCUUGCUGGGACGUUGCUGUGUUUACCGUAUAGAGUAUUUAUAACAGCACAUCAAGAGACUCCUGAGGAAAAUUCCUCCCAGGGAAUGUUUCCGCUGCUCCCGGGAGGACAAGCCAAGCAGUCGCACACUCUGCCCGAGUCAAGAAGGGAGCACUAUGUCAACCACAAGGCACAGAUCAAACUAAAAAAGCCCAGCGCUGCUGCUUUCAGGGGACGUAAACAUGUGGGAUCCACAGAGAUAAACUGGUCUCCAAUUAGCAGGUCCUUGGAUGCCACGCGGCGCGCUAUCCACGGCCGCUCCGUGCUUUCCAAUGGCCGGAAGCUGACCACGCCCACCAGGAUGACGCUGCGCGAGCAGCUGAGAGAGAAGAUCUCGGCGGCCUUCUACCGCCAUGGGCUGCUGUGUGCCUCUUACCCAGUACCCAUCAUCCUCUUCACCUCCGCCAGCAUCCUCACCUGCUGCUAUCCGUUGUUGAGGCUUCCUCUGCCCGGGACGGGUCCUGUGGAGUUCACCACGGGGGUGCGAGGUUACAGCGUCCCUUCCCAUGAGCCUCACGGAGAACUAGGGGAGCAACCUGAUUGGUACCGGGGUCCUCCGGUCGCCUACAUCCAGCAGGUGUUGGUGAAGGCGGCCGUGUCUCCGUGGGACAGCAGCCUGGUGCCCGUGGACGUGUUUCGCUCGCCGCUGGGUCAGGUGUUCAGCCUUCUGGAGGAGAUCCGUAACCACAUCCACACCGACAGCUCUGGCGUUCGCAGCCUGGAGACGCUCUGCCUCCAGGUGACCGACCUGUUUCCAGGGUUACGGCGGAUGCAGUCAGUGCUGCCAGAACACGGCUGCCUGCUCGUCUCUCCUGGCAACUACUGGCAGAACCAGCGGGAGCUGUUCGACUCCGACCCCGACCUCCUCAAGACCAUCCAGAAACAUGAACCCAAAGGCCUGCACACUUCUGCAACGCUGCGAGACCUGCUGUUUGGAGUCCCUGGAAAAUACACGGGGGUCAGUCCCUACAACAGGAAGAGGGUGGUGACGUACACAAUCACUAUGGUGCUGUCCAAAUAUGAUGCAAGAUUCUUGAACAGCUUGCGGGCCCGUCUGAAGCAGCUUCAUCCUUCGGCUAACUGCAGCCUGAGGGACGACCACAUGGUUCACGUCCACUUUAAGGAGGAGAUCGGCAUCGCUGAACUCAUCCCCCUCGUCACCACGUACAUCAUCCUUUUUGCCUACAUCUACUUCUCCACACGUAAGAUUGACAUGGUGAGGUCUAAGUGGGGCCUGGCUCUGGCGGCCGUGGUCACCGUCCUCAGCUCCCUCCUCAUGUCUGUGGGACUGUGCACACUGUUUGGACUGACACCCACUCUAAACGGAGGUGAGAUCUUCCCAUACUUGGUGGUGGUGAUUGGCCUGGAAAACGUCUUAGUCCUCACCAAGUCUGUGGUUUCCACUCCAGUUGACCUCGAGGUCAAACUGCGCAUUGCUCAGGGCCUAAGUAAUGAGAGCUGGUCUAUCAUGAAGAACAUGGCCACUGAACUGUGCAUCAUCCUCAUUGGAUAUUUCACUCUGGUGCCAGCUAUCCAGGAGUUCUGCCUUUUUGCCGUGGUGGGACUCGUCUCUGACUUCUUCCUGCAGAUGUUCUUCUUCACAACAGUACUAUCUAUAGAUAUCCGCCGCAUGGAGCUGGCCGACCUGAACCGCCGCCUCCCAGCCGAAGCUGGUCUUCCUGCACCGAAGCCGGGCCCCCUCCGAACACGAGAGGUUCCCCCUCCCCCACGACCCUCUCCCCACACCAUCACCCUGCAGACCCCCGCCUUCAGGAACCUCAGGCUCCCCAAACGGCUGCGUGUGGUUUACUUCCUGGCCCGCACACGCCUGGCUCAGCGCAUCAUCAUGGCCGGCACAGUGAUCUGGAUCGGCAUCCUCGUUUACACCGACCCGGCCGGGAUCCGCACCUACCUGGCUGCUCAGGUGUCGGAGCAAAGCCCCCUGGGAGACCCAGCAGCCGGGGGUCUGGCCCCUCCGCUGGCCGUGGCCCCAGUUUUUCGUGGUGGGGAUCCGACCAGCACUCUGAGCAUCCACCCUGCGCCGGAUCCCACUCCCGUACCCGAGAACCAGUCGCAGGGCCACCACGGCUCGGCCCGGGCGGGGGCUCUGCCCCCGGCGGGGGCUCUGCCCCCGGCCCCGCCCUCCGUGCCUCAGAUCACAUGGGGAGCCGAGGACGAGGAGGGAUGGAGGAGGUUGUCCUUCAGGCACUGGCCGUCGCUCUUCAGCUACUACAACCUCACUCUGGCAAAGAGGUACAUUAGCAUCUUACCCGUUAUUCCCGUCAGCCUUCAUCUGAGUCCCCAGGAAGCCAUCGAGACGCGUCACCCUCAGGAUACGAGGCAUCCUCCACCCCCCAUCCCCAAGCUUUCUGUGGAUCUGCAGACAGACCUCACCCUCUACAAGGUGGCAGCUCUGGGCCUGGCUGCCGGUGUCCUGCUGGUUCUCCUGCUCUUCUGUCUCUACCGGGUUCUGUGCCCUCGUAACUACGGUCAGAACGGCGUUGCUCACGGGCGCCGGCGCCGGGGGGACCUGCCCUGCGACGAUUACGGGUACUCGCCGCCUGUGAGCGAGAUCUCCCCCCUGCUGCUGAGAGGACACAGCAUGGACAUCGAGUGUCUGGCCAGUGACGGGAUGCUGCUGGCUAGCUGUUGUCUGGCCGGACAGAUCCGGGUCUGGGACGCUCAGACUGGGGACUGUCUGACCGUCAUCCCCAAACAAGGGUUGAGACGGAGCAGCAGCAGUGGCUGCUGGGAGCCGAGAGACGGCUCCGACAGCUUAAAUGGAGCUGCAGAGUCCAAUUGUUUAGGGUUUGAAAGCCGAGACACCUCGAUCGGUGGGGACGGCCCGUCAGAGGACGAGUGCUACCCGGUGAGACGUCGCACCACACCUUCACGGCCGGCUCUUUUCAAUGACCAGCCGGAUCUGACUCCGCUCAUUGACACCAACUUCACCUCCCAGCCUCCCUCCCACGUCCCCACCCCGCGAGGAGGCUUCGACUUUGGGGGUCUGGUGGAGCGUGCCUACAUAGAACACGAGCCCCCGUCACCGUCUAGCUACCCCUCUCCUUCCUCAGCGUCGUCCUCGCCCCCCUCAGGAUCUCAGCUGCACAGGAGGCCUAGCUUAGGAGACGCAGCCGGGCUGCUGAACCACGAGCGAGGCCCCGGGGCCGGGACACACGUGGCCGGAGACUGGGAGAGCUCCGUGUGGGCCAUGGAGCUCCGGGGCAACCUGAUCGCUGCCGGGAGGAGCAGCGGCAAACUGGAACUGUGGGAUGCAGUGGAAGGGUCAUUGCGGUGCUGUAAUGAAGACGGAGUCUCUGGCAUCACGGCUCUGGCCUUCCUCAACAACAGAAUCGUGGCAGCUCGUCUCAAUGGAUCUUUAGAUUUCUUCACUGUUGAGAUAAACAAACCUCUGGGCCUGUUGCAGUACAGAGGUGCCCCCGGGCGAGGCAGCAUGCCGCCCUCCCCCUGUUACAGCAGCGAGGACGUGAUCAGCUGUCAGCUCACGCGCUCCGUGCAGUGCGCUCACCAGAAACCCAUCACGGUGCUGCGAGCGGCCGCCGGCAGGGUCGUCACCGGCAGCCAGGACCACACAGUCCGGAUUUAUCGUCUGGAGGACUCGUGCUGCCUCUUCACCCUGCAGGGCCACUCUGGAGGGAUCACAGCCAUCUACAUAGACCAGACGAUGGUUCUGGCGAGCGGAGGGCAGGACGGCGCCAUCUGCCUGUGGGACGUCCUGACAGGGAGCCGUGUCAGCCACGUCUACGGUCACCGUGGCGACGUCACCUCACUGGUCUGCACUACCUCUUGUGUCAUCAGCUCAGGUCUGGACGACCUCAUCUGCAUCUGGGACCGCAGCACGGGGAUCAAACUCUACUCAAUACAGCAGGAGGUCGGCUGUGGGGCCAGUCUGGGCGUGAUCUCCGAGUCUCUGCUGGUGACCGGCGGCCAGGGCUGCGUGUCGUUCUGGGACCUGAACUUCGGCGACCUGCUGCAGACGGUUUACCUGGGCCAGAGCAGCGACGGCCAGGGCGUGCGGCAGCUGCUGGUGCUGGACAACGCCGCCAUCGUCUGCGACUUCGGCAGCGAGCUCAGCUUGGUUUACGUGCCCUCGGUGCUGGAGAAACUGGACUGAGGAGUUGCCGGCAGCCGAGGCCGGCGGGAGCACUGGAUAAACCCUCGCUUUGCUUUGAUGUUUGUGACAUUUGGACAAGACGCAAUCAUUAGAUGCAAAAGCGUACUUCUUCAUAGCAGUGAGAUGUUUUCAGUCUGGAUGUUACGAGGAGAAGGAGGAGCCGCGGCGCUGCGGCGGCGCCGGCGGGUCGGUGCAGGUCAGUAGAUGCGUGAAGGAAACGAUGGACGUCUUUCACCCAAACAGAUCUUGCCAGGUCGCAGUUUGUGCUUUGUGUGCUCGAUUCGUGGCUCUGCCCUUGAUGCUGCUGCCAUGGGGGGGUUUCACUGUGACCCCACCAACACAGAGGAAAGAAAACGGUUUCCUCCCUCCUUUUUUUUUUAAAUAUAUUCUUGCUGUGCUGUUCACUCAAUAGUGAAAUGCAGCCACAGUGAACCUGACAGCUCUGCAAGCCUGUUUGAAAGAAGUGUGUGUGUGUGUGUGUGUGUGUGUGUG